UCAAUCCUUCGUCUCCCGCCCCGCAUCGACCACCUAGCGAGCCGUCGGCGGCGGCGGCAGCAAGCUCCACCUCCUCCCCACCAUGUGUUGCAGCGGCACCGACAGCUGCGUCGUCAGGUGCUGCUGCCGCUUGUUCGUGUUGCUCCUAUCCGCCGGCUUCGUCGUGCUCAUCUACUGGGCCAACUUCCAGCCCCACCAAAUUCGCGCCACCGUCGCGUCCGCCACCCUCUCCAACCUCACCGUCUCCAACGCCUCGUCCGCCGCGGAGGUCUCCUACAACCUCGCCGUCACCCUCAGCCUCUACAACCCCAGCGUCCGCGUCGGCAUCUACUACGACGCCCUCCACGCCGACCUCCGCUUCCGCGACGCCGUCCUCGGCCCGGCCGCCAACGGCACCUCCCCGCCCGAGUUCUACCAGCGCAGGAAGACUAGCGACGACGUGAGGCUGGAGUUCGACUACGGCCGGGGCGUCGCCGUCGGCAGCGACGUGGCCGGGGAGCUCGAGACCGAGAUCAAGAGCGGGGGCGCGGUGAGCCUGGAGCUCCACGUCGACCUGCGGGUGAGGUACAAGUUCAGGAUUUUCAAGCUGCGGCAGAAGCCGGGGAUACGGUGCUCGCUGAGCAUCCCGGUCAAGGCGGAGGGCCGGGGCCCCGGCGUCGGCGGCGCUGUGGUCUCCGGCGACCGGUGCAGGGUCAAGUACUGAUGAAUAAUGCUGGUUGAGUGGAUCGGACUUUUUUUUUGUGCGAGUGAAUGUUGGUUGAGCAGCUGCGCGCGUUUGUCCUUGCUUAUAUGCUUGGAGAUCGGCGAGCCAUUCUCGAUCGAGUUGAUUCCUGCAGAGCC